AUGGAAUCAACAUCUGAAUAUCAGAAACGUGUGAAUGAAGGUAUCGAACAACGUCGACAACAUAUGAUCGAACGUGCAAACUAUACUAACCAAUUCCUUUUAUCAGCAUCAUUCAAUCUAACAGAUCAUCGACCAUCAACGAACGAUUCCAAUAUAACAAUAUCUACUAUUGAACUUCGACCUGAUAGUAUGGAUACUGAAGGAACAUUGAAAGAACUCGAGUUUGAAGUGAAUUUCUUACGUGCUGUUGGUACACGACAAUUAGCAGAAGCAUUAAAAGUGAAUAAAACGCUUACACGAUUGAAAUUUCACUAUAAUUUGAUCGGUUCAGAAGGAUUUGAAGCCAUAGCUGAAGCUUUGAAAGUUAACAGAACAUUACAAAUUCUGACAUUUCAUAAUGAAAGUUGUGUGGAAGAGGGUGCUCUUGCUUUUGCAGAAGCAUUGAAAAUCAAUAAUAUUCACCCUAUCAAAGCAUUAGCUGAAGCAUUGAAAUUGAAUAGUGGAUUGAAAAGUAUAAAUAUAGAAAAUUCAGGAGUCACUUCCGAAGGUUUUCGAGCUCUUGCAGAAGCAUUAAAAAUAAAUCGAACAAUAACACAUAUUCACAUUGAAUCCAGCCAUCUUGGUGUUGAUGGUACACGUGCUUUCGCUGAAGCACUUGCUGUCAAUAAUACAUUGACAGACUUAACUCUUAAAAAUGAUCGUAUAGGUCCGGUGGGUGCUAAAGCGCUUGCCGAAGCAUUGACAACGAAUCAAGGAUUGACAACAAUUGAUCUCGGAUACAAUGAAAUUGGUUUUGAAGAUGCUCAAAGUUUUGCACAAGCAUUACAGAUCAAUGAAGUAGAUAUUCUUGAUGUAAUAAAAUUCAAAGUCAUACACAUAUUCUUCCUUAUAGACAUUAAAAAAAAAGUAACUUUAUAUUCAAACAAAAUCGAUGAAGAAGGUACUAAACCUUUAAAAAGUGUUUCAAGAGAUGGUCUUGAACUCAGCUUCUAUGGUUAA